AUGUGCCGAUUAUCCAGGAAAUGUGCUGAUAUGUACAGCAAUGGUGUCGGUUUAUGUCUUUUUGUGAUGGCAAUAGCUGAUAUCGGCUCAUUAUGUUCAAUUCUUGUUCACUACAUCCUUAGUAUUCAAACAGAAACUCAGGUGGUGGCGGAUUUUAUUGGAAGAGAUGCGGUAAACACUGUCUGCAAGAUCACAACAUUUUCGAUGCACAUUUCAACGUUUAUUUCUAUUUGGAGUUGGCUACUGAUGUCAACAUUACGAUAUUUAUCCGUUUAUCGACCACUACUUUAUAUUCGUCUUUGGAAAUUCCCUGCAAAGGCGAUGUUUACGGUGGUAUGCGCGGCAGUGAUAUGCAAUGCAUGGCUGCUGGUCUCAGUGGAAAAUAAUCCCUCAGGAGGCUGUACGAUGCGUUCACUUUUCAACAAACAACUUAUAAACAAGAUUUUCUUGUUGAUUGAAUGUUUCGGAUCAUUCGUUAUACCAACGCUUACGAUCGUUUACGUGGACGCAUCCGUGCUAUUUGGGCUUUAUUUUAAAAUGAACAGCUUAAAAUCCAAAGGAACGGACCUAAGGCGGAAUGUUUCAAAUGUUUCACCUCGACCGCAUAGACACUCUUACUACCUAUGGCGAUGGCUCGUCAUCGCCCUAAUUGACGUAGGCCUUAACGCUCCGGAGAAUCUUACACGUUUAGGAUUAAUACUCGGGAUUAUCGAGUACAGUGACAGUGAACUGUUCUAUAUAUACCGAAUUGUGGCUCAGGUACCGUAUUAUCUACAGUUCGGAUUCAAUGGUGUAUAUCUAGCGUUGUUCAUCUACGACAAAUCAACUCGUCCAGCAGCAAGCCGACGAGUUAUCGAAAGUGCGAGCGUCGAUACUCAUCACCUCACCGAUAGGCAACGUGAGGCUCAAGGUCUAGUAAUAGUGGAGCACAAUUCCCUGUGCGAUUCUGGAAUCGAAGAUGAACCGUGUCGUGUGUAA